GAGGAUGAGCUGGGGGAUGAGGCGGAGGCGAAGUGGGAGAAAAGAGCGACAAUGCUGGCGCAGGGGAACCCGAUUAUGCGGCCAAGGAGAGCGAGUGCGAAUUAUCAGGCGGAGAGUGGUGGGAUAAGUGUCGCUGAUGCUGGGGGAGAUGUGAACAUACAAGAGGCGAUUCGACUCCACGAAGCAGGCGAUCUCCAACGCGCAACGGCAAUGUUCGGACGCCUCGCGGACCCCAACGGUGCCAACAACGCCCUCAGUCAAGUUCUCUAUGGCCUAGCACUCAGACACGGCUGGGGCUGCGCCCCCCAACCCGACCUCGCCGUCACCUUCCUCUCCUUCGCCGCAUCCAAUAGCGCGGAGAUCGAAAGCCUCGCGCUGGCGGCUGGCAUGAAGAAGGGCGGCGCCGCGAAAGGGGAGCUGGUGCUUGCGAUCUUCGAGCUGGCAAACUGCUUCCGGCACGGCUGGGGGAUCAAGAAGGAUCCGGCGGCCGCGAGGCAGUAUUAUGAGACGGCGGCGAAUCUGGGGGAUACGGAUGCGAUGAAUGAGGUGGCGUGGUGCUAUUUGGAGGGGUUUGGGACGAAGAAGGAUAAGUUCAAAGCGGCGCAGUACCUCCGGCGCGCGGAGCAGAGCGGACACAAAACAGUGGGCAACAGUUGGAUCUGGAAGGAUAAAUACGGUGGGCUGAAGAAAGCGGCAGGCUCGUCGUCGGUUUGAUGGAUUGAAGAUGAUAUUUUGAGGGGAUUUUCAUUGGAUACCUAUGAUAGAUGGGUGGGAUUUAGUUGAGUGGGAU